GUUCUCCCUGCUAAUACGGAAAGAGAUGUAAAACGAGGGCGGGACCAUUGUACAUCAUGGCGGGACACAUGAAAAAGACAAGCAGGGUCCUAGCAUCAAGUGCACACUUGUUCGUUUUCGUGAUAUUGGUAUUUUCGCUUCCCCCGAAUCUGUGCCAAGACGCAAGUACCAAGCCGCGUAUAAUCAGUAUCCAGAAUGGGAAAGAACUGGUUAAGUCGGGGACUAACCACUUCUGCUACACCAAUCAAAGGGUGCCUGACUGGAGGCAAACAUGGACAAGCAUUCAGGUCCGUGUCUGGAGUUCACAACAACUCAAGGUGACAGUGGCUGAGGAUGAGGAGACGCUGCAGGAAAUGGACGGUCUUAAUUUCUGGGGCCUCGUACAGCGCUUCAUCAGCGAGCAGUCCAACGACACCACGCUUGCCAUCAGUCUGUUCAGCAUGAAGACAUGUUUCAAAAUUGCCCCCUCAGAUGAGGCUUCUUCCUACACCGUGAAAGCAAUCUGCAGAUUUGACAUCUAUCUGUUCCUUGUGUUCCUCGCUGGACUGUUACUGUUCUUCUUUGCAGACUCACUGAGCAGGAGUCAGAUAUUCUACUACUCGGCGGGCAUGAGCACAGGCAUGAUCGCGUCCCUCGCCAUUGUCAUCUUUAUAUUGGCUCGGAUUUUGCCAAGGAAAAGUCCUUUCUAUGUGCUGUUGGUUGGUGGCUGGUCCUUCUCAGUCUACGCGAUCCAGCUUGUCUUCAGGAACCUCAAGCCAAUUCUACAAGAACACUGGCACCUGGCUUUUGGCUACAUGGCAGUCGUAGGAUUCAUCAGCUUUGCUGUGUGCUACCGCCACGGCCCCCUAGUGGAGGAGCGGAGCAUUAACAUCCUCACCUGGACACUGCAGCUGUUUGGACUGCUGCUUGUAUAUGCUGGGAUUCAGAUUCAGCAGGUGGCGCUGGCCAUCAUCGUGUCAGCCUUCUGCGCCAAGAACAUGGAGUACCCGGUGGUGUUCGCACUGGCUGCGUGGCGGAAACUAGGACUUUCCCACCGCAUCCGCUGGAAGCGUGAGCCCCGCCGGCUGCUGACUGAGGAGCAGUACCAGAGGCAGGGGGAGGAGGAGACGCAGAAGGCCCUGGAGGAGCUGCGGAGGUACUGCGCCAGUCCGGAGUGCAGCACCUGGAAGGCUGUGUCCAGGAUCCAGUCCCCCAAAAGAUUUGCAGAUUUUGUAGAGGGCUUGUCCCACCUGAGACCAAAUGAGGUGGCUGUCCAUGCACAGGAAUAUGGGUUUGGAGGAUCUUUCCUGGAGGAUGAGUUAUUUGACAGUGAUGAAGAGGAGGAAGAUCCAGACGAGAGAACUUUUUCGAGAAGACUUUGACAAUGGAAAAGUAUUGCACUGUAAAAUACGGAAAGAAGACUCCGCUUGGUCUUGUGAAUGUGGUCGGAAGACAACAGGAGUUCACUGUGUAGCACACUGACCUGGUACUGUGGUCCAGGGGGUGCUGUUGCAGGAAGAGAACGGGCCCUCUCGGGUUCCAGUGGACCAACGAUGAAUCAAGCAUCUUUUUUCUUUUAAAGUGCUACACAAUAUAUGCAGAGCAAAUUGUGUUCAAGAGUCGCAUCAGGCCUUCAUUUUUUUUUUUUUUUUGCAAAUCUCUGGGUAACUUGUUUUAGUAAUUUGAGAAUGUAGCCAACUCUUGCGUCCGCCGACCUUAUGAGUUUGUAUCAGAAUGUUUGUGAUUAAGUAUUUUGUUGACUUUAAAGUGUUACUGAAAUGUAUGCAUGGUUUAAUUCUUGGCAAACAUACCUUCAGUGAACUGUUUACAGCGUCUAGGUUUAUGCAUUGUUAAAUGCUCUUUGCAUUUACAGUAAAUGUUUGAGGGAAUGGUUUUUUUUGGAAAUUAUUGACUGGUGUUUGGAUAUGUAGUCCAUAAAAUUUAUUUUUUUAUUCUGUUACGGCAAAUAAUUAAAAUUUAAUAUGAACCAAAGUAUUUUGUUCAACAUUCAAAUGUGUCACUGUUGACAACUUUUCCAGUUUAAAUCAGUAUUUGGUUGCUGUUUUGAAAUCUGCUUGGUAGGUAAAUGGUAUACAUUUUUUGGGGUACACAUAAAUCAAUUAUAUUUCCUAGAAAAUAUAUACCACAGACCGUGGGCGGAAAAUGGUUAAUCGCACCCAUUUUUAUUCGACUCGCUACCUUUAGUAUGGUCAAUUCUAUUUUCUGUUCAUGAUUUGCCUGCAUCUUUCAUCAUUUUUCAUCUUACAAAUUAUUGGAGAUUCCAUAUCGGUCAAAAAUACAUGGUAUUCACAUAUCUUAAAUAUGAUCAUGUGCUGUGUUCAGUCAAAUGCAUGAACCCUUUAGUCAGCAGCAGUAGCCUGGCAGACGGUGAAACUAAAAAGUGGAAGCAGAACCUGGGAAAAACAAGUGGACGACCUAAUUCCCACCCCGGGUUAAAUGUCAGUCACUAGGUAGAUCAAUUGAUUUGAAAGGGAUUACCAUGUGGUCCACUAGUUUCACUAUGUCCGUGUGGGCAUUCUCAAACUUCCUCAUACCUUUCCUACCGGCUGCACUUUAUAGUUGAAAACAAAUACGCCCACAGACAAAUUGUUGCAAACGUUUACAACCUGUGUGUCGUAAAGAUGAGCCCCUAUUUAUUGCUUAACUCUCUUCACUUGCGGUAGAUUGGCAUGCACAGCAGUUGUUUUCCCAUGGGUUACUUUUUCCCCAAACACGUCACCGCUGAGACCACUGAGUGCAGGCGGACACGGGCUAAACUAACGGAAGGAGGGGGAAUCCCUUUGGAUUCAGCAGAAUAUCAAACACAUUGCGGUGGCUACCACCAUGCAAAGUGCUUGGAGUUCCCCACAGAAAUUAAACCCGACUCUCACUCUAGCAAAAUGGCAUUACUGAUAAGAAAUGUCAAAUACUGACAAUUAAUGCUG